UGUCGUAAAUAAAUGUCAUAAUCAUGAAUAAGUGGGUCUAAACUAUUUUGGUUUUCUCUUGUCACCAGCAUAAUAUUUCGGUUACUUUUAUCUAUUUCCGGUUAUUUUUCCGAUCGAUAUUAAGUUGGCUCAUCGAAAUAUGUAAUCAACAUUAAUUUCUUUCCGCGCGAUCCUCGCGAGAGCGAGAUUUGCUCCGUCAAGACGAUCGUCGGCGAAUCUCCGCCGAACCGACUAUGGAAAGAAGACAGUGAGAGGGAGCGGCGCUCGGUCGACCAUCAAGCCAAUUGAGAGGAACAGCCAAACGCAAAGGAAAAGGACUUCCUACUCACUCUGCUUCUUUGUUCCUUUUCUUCUUCUGUUGGGGAGAGAUGGAAAGCAGACUGGUGUGGCUCGCCCUGGUGACGAUACUCCUGCUUGCGGGAACUCCAGUGGGCCGCUGCGCGGAUGGCGGUGGCGGCUCUGGGGGACCACCGCCGCCCGUGACCCUGCGGUGCCUUCAGUCGCUGAUUCCUUGCCAGCCUUACCUGAGAUCCUCGGCGUCUCCGCCGGUGACGUGCUGCGGGCCGCUCACGCAGGCGCUGCGAGACGAGGUGCAGUGCCUCUGUCAGGUCUUCAACAACGAGCAGCUCCUGCAGAGUCUCAACGUUUCCAAGUCUCAGGCGCUAGAGCUGCCCAAGCGCUGUGGCUCUCCGGCCGACCUCUCACUCUGCCAGAAGAACGGCACGUCGGCUUCUUCACCAUCGAGCAAGGCACCAGGGCCUUCAACCAGCAAUGCUGAUAACCAGAAGAGCUCGGGUUCGAAGCUGUCAAUCUUCAUGGAUGCCUACAUUUUGGUGGCUCUCUGUAUUUUGUCGUUGCAAGCAAUGUCUGGAGCUUAUUAUGGUCAGUGAAACUUGUUACUGCUUCCUUGUUUCUUCUGUUCUAAUGGAUGACUGCUAUGUUAUCAUCUCCUGAACUCUCAAGUCGAGCCACCCAUAGGUUGAGCUCGCUGCUAGAAUGUUCUUAUGAUAAAUAAAUUAACAGGAAUUGGGGGAUGGUUGGUAGGAA